UUUCAGUGUGUCAGCAGAUUUGACCAAUAUCAUUCCCGGACAUAGCAUUCAAAAACCUUUUCCGGGUUGAGCCUUGGAUACGCAUCCAUAACAAUCGUAUUAAAAUCAUAACAGUCAUCAUUUUCAACCAGUGGUCAUCAGUGGUCAGUCCGCACUAAUCAGUGGUCACCGCUGAAUACCCCAUUGUGGCACCGAAUGAAUCCCGGACUCCGAGUCAAGUGGGCUAUUUUUAGUACGUGUCAUCCUUCGUGGAGUUAGCAUCACUUGACAGAUCGUUACUGUCCAGCGAACGUCAUGGAGCUCGUGUCCGAAAGUUCUGCUAAUCGUGGUUUGCCGGCCUCGUACCCGUUGACGGUACCAUCGGGGUAUAACCCGCUCGGGAUGAGUUUCUCACCGCAGUGGGAGGCUGCAGGGAAUAGAAUGGAUGGAGGAGGAAAUAUGUAUUCAGUUUGGGGUAUUGCUCCAGCGAUAGCAAGAGCUCUCUCAGCUACUCAGCAGGCGCAGAAACGGCCGCGCAGUGAAAAGAAACCUAUCCCGGUCGACCAAAAAGACGAUAAAUACUUUGAACGACGAAAACGUAACAAUCACGCCGCAAAGAAGUCACGAGACGCGCGUAAGGCUCGCGAGGAUGAGAUCGCAAUACGAGCUAGUUUCCUCGAGAAAGAAAAUGCAAUUUUACGAGCCCAGGUGGCGACACUUCGUGAGGAAGCUAACUCACUCCGGCAACUCUUGCUUCAGAAAAGGUCAAGGCCAUGAAGAGAGUGCCAUCUUUUGACUAAAGUGAACACUAUCAGUGUCUUUCAAGUGAAAUGCUCUCUUCUUGUCAUUGUAACAUUUAGUCAUCGAUCACGCUUUUCAGUCAAUUCAAAACCUGCAGCGCCUGGUGGCGUGUGUGUGAGAUACUCUUGAUGAAUGAUACUCCAACCCUAGUGACACCUGGUGUACAAUAUUUGUACUAGCAGAAGUAAGUCUCCUUGGUGGCGAAUGAAGGACCGAGACAUCAGGUGGGCAUAUUCCGUCAUGCUGACCAGCAACAUCUCGCGUGGUUGACUGGGAAUCAAGCUCAAGAUCGAUGCCUUUUCUUGCAAGUCAACAUGAAAAAGGUCCUCAGUGUUGUAUGUGUUAACCUUGUUGAUCAAACCAGGAGAGAGACAUCAGUCAAGUACUGCUACUGUAAAACCAGUCAGGAGCCACUAACUUUGGAAGGGGCCGCAUUGUCCUACUGUUUCUGGUUCUGAUGUUUGUGAUUUGCAGGCCUCUAGAGGUGAUUUGAUUGUGAAUAGGUUGAGUUGCACUUGGGUGUCAGUUGUUCAGCCGCACAUGUAUUAGCUGAGAUGGCUCCUGACUGGUUUUACAGUAGUAUCUUUAUUUUCAUACCAAACCAUUUUGACUCUUGUCAGCAGUUUAUAGCUGAUUGUACAGUAUAGUUCUGUUUUACUGCAAACCAUUUGCAGUUUGAAUCUUUUACAUUUCUUCAGGUUUCUAUACACGGUGUUCGUGGCAGUUGUAUAGUGCUGCCACCUGAUGUUAAAACAAAACAUUUUUUCUGCUUUUCACAGACUCCCUUGGCCAAGGGAACAAGAAGGGUUCUUGUUUUCAUGUAUGCAUGAAUGAUUUCUGCUGAAGGGUAUUAUUAUCAGGACCAUAAGAAAAGUGCUGGCCAACAUGCUCAAGAGGGAAAGUAGGGGGAUUAACUUUUCAGAAAUCAAAAUCUGCAACGAGAGAUAGUAUCACUUCCACCUUUUCAAUGGUCCAGAUUAUAUCUCCAUUCUGUGAUGACAUACUGUCUAAAACUAGACCUUGUUCUCAGUGAUCUCAGGUUUUGCUCAUUUUGAGGACGUCUGCCUUUGCAAUAGAGACGACCUCCCAUCGUCCAGGGUAAUAUUUGUGCUUUGUUUCAUACUCUUGUCAU